AUGUACGCCUCCGCCGCCGCUCGCGCCCGUCUGGCCACUGUUGCCCGUCGUGGUUUCUCCACCAGCCGCGCCCAGCUGGGCAGCCCCUACCACUACGCUGAGGGUCCUCGCACCAACAUCCCCUUCAACCCUCUGACCAAGCACUUCUUCUGGCGCUACUGGGCCUUCAUGGUCUGGCAAACCUAUAAGACCAAGUAA